CAUAAAAUAAAAAAAAUAAAGAAUGUUCUGGUCAAGAAAGAGCAUAUCCACAGAAUCACAAACACAGUCCACAACGGCUGCAGAAAUCUAAUAACAACCAUAAAUUUCAUUACUUGUCAAAAAAAAAUAGAAAACCCCAUGAAUAUGAUGUUUUAUAAUAUUUGAAGAUAGACUCUGUCAGAAAUUUCUGGCAUAAAACACAGCAAAUGAUUCAUAAUUCACAUAAAAAAGAGUGCAAAUUAGCUACUAUAUUAUUAACUCUUUCUUUCUAAAGAUGGGUGGUGGAGUAAUUAUGGCAACAACCCAUUUGAAUUUACAUUCAAUUACAGGUUUUAUCCACCAUUAUAAGAUCCAUAAUCCCAGUUUUGCAAGAACAAAAAUUGGGAUUCAAUGUUCAACACCAACUCAUGAUUUAUCCAUUGUUACUGAAAAUUUAGGGGAUGUUAUCCCUCUUACUGGUGGUGCAUUGGAUUUUAGGAAAGCAACAACAUCUCUUACGCCUCAUCCAUUACCAUCACCAAAGAAGAUAACCCUUGUUAGGCAUGGCCUUAGCUCAUGGAAUGCUGAAAGCAGGGUUCAGGGAAGUUCAGACCUGUCUGUUCUGACAGAUGCAGGAGUAAAACAAGCUGAAAGAUGUAGGGAAGCCUUAGCAAAUCUACACUUUGAUAAAUGUUUUUCGAGUCCAAUAUCUCGUGCCAAGUCUACUGCUGAAGUUCUGUGGGAUGGAAGAAAGGAACCGCUAAUUUUCCUUGAUUCUUUGAAGGAGACCCAUCUUUUUUUCUUAGAGGGCAUGAAAAAUGAGGAUGCUAAAAAAAGAUAUCCAAAGGAAUACACAACAUGGAGAGAAGAUCCGGUUAACUUCAAUGUGAAUGGCAAAUAUCCGAUUCGGGAUUUGUGGGUGGCAGCAGCUGAAGCUUGGAGAGAAAUCUUGUUGAGUCCUGGGGAGAGCUUUCUGAUCGUCACUCAUAAAUCAAAAUUGAGGGCACUUGUCUGUACGGCUCUGGGACUAGGUCCAGAAAGGUUCCGUGCAAUCGAUAUAAACAACGGAGGUAUUUGUGUAUUUAAUGUGAAUAAGAAGGGAGAAGCCAUGUUACAUUCUCUGAACAUGACUUCUCACAUGUACACAGAUCACACAUACAUGUACUGAUCAUCUAAUCGCUAGUCGCUAUACCAGAGCUUGUGAAAGAACUAAUGGGAACUGAUUUUCUGGGCACGAAAAUUCUUAUUUUUUGGCUGAUCCAAGCCUUAUGGCUGCCUUCUCAAAUCUUUUGUGGUAAUAUAUAGAUCUCACUGACUUGUGUAUGGGAUGAAAUUCUGCGUAUUUUACGCCAGUGUAUAGCACUGUUGUAUAUUGUAAAUUUGUAAUGAUACUGUCUAUGUUUAUAGUAAUAAUCAUAGACAUCAAUUCAAUA